CAACAGAUUGCUGUUCUGCAGACAGAGAGAGAGACUGAGUGAGUUUAAUGCUUGUAGUGGAAUAGACAGGCUGCCUCCUGUCAAGACGAGCGUGUUUUACUUGUUUACGUGUGGCGGUUUCGUUUAGUUUGCAUACCUACCUUCUUUUGACGCUGGAAAAUUUGCCCUGGACUCGUAGUCUUGGAUUGUAAGGAUGUAAAGGGGGAUCGGGUGGACGUGCUGAUGCCUGCUGACGCAUUACACACACGCACACGCAGUAGGCCUGCCUCAUCUCUCGGCUGUAUUCAUCAUGGUGCAGCAGAUGCCUGAGGACCAAGUCUCCGGAAUGGCAGCAGACGAUUGGGAGGGGUAUGUCGACAACUGUCAGCUUUCCAACUACAUGUCAUGGGAUUGCUGUUGAAGAGAAGUUCGCCAGCGGCAAUGACGGACACAGGCAGGAGUAAUAGCGAAGCUUGCCGAUAACUGUUACGAGUACAUCCGUGCAUCUCUACAUCUGCAAGAACCAAAUCUGAAACAAAUCCCCGCUAAUCUGUAGUAGUGCUACGUUUCUUUGGCGUUACUUCAGCAGUAGAAAACACAUAGAGAAAUAUAUACGAUUUCGAGACACUUUCGACGUCUUGCCACAUCUUGAAUCGCGUUUGCUGCCUUGAUUGAAACGAAAUUCUUUAAUUGGAACGGUUGCAACGCCGCCUAAGGCUGUGAAAACGAAUUCAACACGUUACCAAUACCUGGUUAUGUGUCUUGGCAAAUGCCGUACAUGACAUGUUGGCGAUAGUUUAUUAGUCCGUUUGUUUUGUUUAUCUGUACAGUUUAUAUGUGCGUCUGAUUGUUUUUUAUGCAUCCUCAGCGCUGACAAUGUUGAAGCCCGGAUCAAAAUCGGGGAAUAUUAUAGAUUUUUUUUAACAACCCUGGUUUAAAUAUAUCGAAUAUAAUGACACUCGGAUGACUUAAGAAGAAUUUUGGUGAAUUUCAGGAUGGUUUAUAAACCUUAGUUUGUGCAAAGUAAAAGUCCAUAAAGCGCAGUUCAAAAUAACAGUUAUUUUUUAAUGGCCAGUUUCAAUCGAGUUAUGGAAAAAAUAUGCGAUAAAAAAUCUGAUACAUCUGUGCUGUAAGAUCAAAUGUUCCUUUGUUGAUGAAUGAUAUAUGUGAAUUUAUUGCCGUGUUGAGAUACAUGCGAAAAUGUGGUCGGAAGUGUGAGUAGAGGUGAUAGGAUUAGGGGGUGGCAAAUUAGGAUCGGAUAGCGUGGUGCUGGCGGGGAUGAGGGAUGGGCUGCACGCCAAGCAUCCUCCACCAUUACCACCACCAAAACAGCACCAACACCACCACCAACAACAACAACCAUCGCAAUGGACCAGCCGAAGAAGGAGACGGUGUUCCUGCCGUCGGCACAGGGAACAGCACGCAUCUGACCACAGGCUGUACUAGUUCACCCAGAAGUUUCGGGCUGUUGAAGAAAGUGAAGAUUGAUAAAGCGGUAAAGUCUAGCAGAUCUGGUUCUCACCCUUCGCAGAACCAGACUGGCACCCCAGGCGGCUUUUCCAUAACAAAUCAAGACUGCACUACGAAAGUUCUGCUGGCGUUUGGAAAGGAAGACUUCCAAAGUGAUGCAUUUUGGUUGGCGUGUGAGAAGCUGGGAUAUGAAUGCAAUUUGGCAAGAACUCGAGAUUCUGUGUUAGAAGCUUUCCAAACCAAGAGUCAUGAGAUUGUCAUCAUAGAUACUAGGAAUCCGAAGGUCAUUGACGGCGAAUCAUUAUGCAGGGCCCUUCGCGCUUUGAAGACGUCUCAGUACACAGUUGUUGUUGGAGUCGUACGGAAAGGCACCUCCGAAAAAGAAGAUUCAAGUAUCGAACCGAUGCUCAACAUGGGAUUCAACAGGGUGAUCAUGGAGACAAGCGGUCUAGUUCAGUGCAUGAACGAGCUUCUGCAGUUGUACCUGAGUGACGUCCAGCCACGACUGCAGUUGGCCACGGCGCAGGCAAUGCACAUUGCUCUGGACAAGUGCAGUGAUGUAGUGCACAUAACAGACCAAAAUCUCAAUAUACAGUAUAUGAAUCGUUCAAGUGAGCGUUUCCUGGGAUUCAGCAUGAAGGAUGUUGCUGGAAAGUCGCUCUUGGAAACGAACUCUGUGGAUAAUAAAGAGUUGAUGGUCCAGCAACUUCAGCGUGGACGGGAAUGGGAAGGACUCAUAUCCUGGAGGCGAAAGAUGGGUGAUUCUGUAGUACUCAGUGGACGGGUUAUUCCAGUUUGUAGCCCAGGCAGGUCACCAACGCAUUACAUCUUUAUACACGAAUCCCAGCACAUGAUGCUUGAUAAGAGGAUGUCUGGUACACUGGUAAAAAAUCCUGAACUUCCAAAGGGAUCAAAUAAUAGGAAGGGGUCAGCUGACAUGAAGUCUAUUUCAAGUGAUGGUCUCCGUAGGCAAAGCAUAGCAAAACUGCAUAAUCUCUCAAUUGAAGCACCGAUUACCAAAGUAAUAGCCCUCAUUACUUCUGUGCAAGACAAUGCAAAUAUCGAAGACAUUCAGACUUUAGACAAGGUAGUAGAUAUUCUUCGCACCACAGAGCUAUAUUCACCACAACUAAAGGACGACAAAGGCAAGGCAGGAGACCCAGUCACAAACGAUUUGAUAGGAGCUUUACUGUCGAGCGGUCCAUCUGUGACUCCCAUUGCUCGGCGUAGUUCCAGUGACUCAGGAUCUGUUUCAAAAAUUGGGUUGUCCAGGAGUACCUUCAAGACGGCCAACAUGUCGCAUCAGAUGAAAGAGCUUUUGGAUACAUCUCUAUUAUGGGAUUUUGACAUAUUCAGACUUGAGGAACUAUCUGUUAAAAGACCACUUGUUUAUCUUGGAAUGAAUCUAAUGGACCAUUUUGAUGUUUGCUCAUCGUUGGGAUGUGAGGAGAAUGUUUUGCACAAUUGGCUUGUUGUCAUCGAAGAGAACUAUAAUGCCAAGAAUACAUAUCACACUUCAACCCAUGCAGCUGAUGUCAUGCAGGCCACUGCUGGCUUCCUGGAGCGGGAACGCCUGAAGCAGAUUCUUGAUCCACUGGAUGAAGCAGUGUGUCUUAUAGCUGCUGCUGCUCAUGAUGUAGAUCAUCCUGGAAAGUCAAGUGCUUUUCUUUGUAAUUCGAACCAUGAGCUGUCCAUACUCUAUAAUGACUUGUGUGUGUUGGAGUCCCAUCACUCGGCCCUAGCCUUCAAGUUGACAAUAUCAGAUGAUCGAGUCAACAUUUUUAAAUCUCUGGAACGAGAUGUAUACAAGGCUGUUCGUCAGAAUGUUAUCGACAUGAUUCUAGCAACAGAGAUGACAAAACACUUUGAACAUCUGGCAAAAUUUGUCAAUGUUUUCUCAAUAAAGAAAGAGGAUGACAGUCCAGACGGUGGACGAAGUUCUCCCGAUAUAGGCAUAUUGACUGCUCCUGAAAAUAUUACAUUGAUCAAGAGAAUGCUCAUUAAGUGUGCAGAUGUGUCAAAUCCAACACGUCCUCUGAGGAUGUGUGUGGAAUGGGCUGUCAGGAUCGCUGAAGAAUACUUCAAUCAGACAGAUGAAGAGAAGGCAAACAACCUACCUGUUGUGAUGCCAUUGUUUGACCGUGCAACAUGCUCAAUACCGAAAUCCCAAAUAGGGUUUAUGGAUUUCAUCAUCAAUGAUAUGUUUGAAACAUGGGAAGCAUUCAUCGAAAUGCCAGAAUUACUACAGAACAUGCAGCAUAACUACAAAUUCUGGAAAGAAAAGGAGAAAUGUGGCAUUCACCGAAUACAAGACGUGAUCAUGAUGCAGCACACAGUGAAGACAAGUGGAAAGACUGACUAAUAGGUGUCAAUUUCUGUGUUGAUGUAUAUAUGUGUGAAUGAACCCAACUUGAGAUGAAUGUGCUACCUCCAUCUGCAUGUGGAUGGAAAUAGAAGCAGGGAUGUACCUUCAAAAUGUUGGUAUCCAUUUACAACACUACAAAGUGAGAUUACAAUCUGAACAUUCACCACCAUGAAAAGCUGAAAACUUAUCUAUGAUAUUGAUCACUGAUAAUAAAAAUGUUUUAGUUUUAGGCUUCUGAAGGAUUAGACUUAAUUCUAAUUAUGAGAGCACUUGAAGAAAUUGUGCAAAGCAUUGCACCUCAGUUAUAGAAAAUGUAUAAGGCUAUAUGUUUUCAUGAUUUAAAAAUUUGUAAUGAUGAUAUAUUAAUACCGUACUGAACUGGAGAUAGGAAUUAGAUCUACCGAUUGGGCCCAACUGAUUGAGCUUUUUAACUGAAGACGGGGACAGAGUUCAGUCUUCAAAACAUAAUUUUAAAUAAAAAUUAUGAUGAUGGAUAAUGUCCAAGUAAUUGAUCUUUGUAGUACAGCAUUUUGUUUCCAGUUAAUUUUGACUGAAAUAGAGGUUAUAAUGUUAACUGGAUUCAUAUGGCUUAGGGUAGGGUGCAAAUGUUGGGUUCUUGUGAACACUGUAAUCAGUUUUCAGGUUCCAUAAAAAGACAGGAAAUUUCCUGAGCAGCUAAGAAACUAUUAGCUUCUCUGGAAAGACUCUCUUUUAUAGAAUUGUUUUAGUUUGUGCAACUUACACUUUGAAAACAGAAACAUAAACAUCAACCUUGAGUUCACAGUGAAAUACUGUGUUACUGUGUACUGUGUUUAUCUCUUCACAGUCAGUCCAUUUUCAAAACUAGAAUUUGAGUCUCAUCUCCCUGUGGCAAAGGGGUUUGCAUACUUGUAUUGAAACAUGUUAGCUGGUGUGGCUCUCUUCUUGCAUUACUUCAAGAAUCAGUAUGACUUAAGGCAGUGUUUUAAGAAUUUAGUCUGAGUGUUGUCAAGUGUUGAUCCCACAGCAGAAGUUUCCAAGGUAGUCGCCAUGUUGACAGCAUAUCCACAUAUAAUAAAUAACAGUUUGUUCCUUGGCAACUGUGGUAUCCUUUAGUUGGUUUUCUUCUUUGAUAACUCAUUAAAGAGUACUUCAUUAGAAGCAGUUUUCCUUAUUAUAAGAGGUUAAAAAAACAGUUUUCCUUAUGUUGGCAAAAGUUUAGGAGAGACUGUCAGAGUCUGAACUGCAUAGAGUUCAUAUGGAGGUUCAAUAUCAAGAAAUUAAACAGUAGAUCAGCUACUU